UUUUAAACUAUUUUAACGAAUUUAAAAGGAUUUGAAAAAGGACUGUCCUCACAGGUUUGGAGACUAAACUCACAUCCGUUCUGUUUAUUCUGCUGUUUCCUGCGAAAGACGCGAAACAGGCUUAUCUCAACUGGUUCUUGUCGUCUGUUCAUGGUUUGGAAACUAUGCAACUGACUUCUCUGCCGUUCUUGUCAAGAUCUUCACGAAAGGACGCACACCAGGGUGAUACCACCUGAUUCCUGUGUUUUGUUCGUCCAUGGUAGGAUUGAAUGUCCACUAUUAACUCUGGAUUGCGAGCGGAAAAUGUAAAUGUUAUCCCUUUUGUUUUUCUUGAUGUGUUUGACUCUCCCUGCUGAUCAUCGUCAAUAUCAAUCAGAUUUUCUCUGUCUGCCUGCAUACUCAGACCAUUGUUUUAUCUUCGAUAUGGCUUUAUACUAUUCAUCAUCCGACUUGCUACGUUUAAAAUCCUCGUACCGCCUGCCAGUCGGAGUUUAUAAUCAAUGUGCUGCCCUGGGAAUUACGCGUCGACCACGGUAUGUGCAUCGUGGAUCACGUCGCUGUUAUAGCAGUUUUCAGAUGGCUUCUUCUGACAGUCAUGUUCCAGUCAUCUGGUCUUCUCGUCGUCAUCAACUGAAUGAUCUAAAUGAUGUAAAACGCGGUGUUAAUGUAAACAAUCUUAGCGUGUUAAAAUACACUGCCAGUGUCCCGUUGGAAAAGACUGAAAUCACCUCCAUAAAAAUGGGUCUCUUAAAUGCACGAUCUAUAUCUAACAAGGCCUUUAUUUUGAAUGAUUUUAUGAUGUCAUGUUCGCUUGACUUUUUCUUUAUUACUGAGACUUGGUUGAAUCCUGGUGAUCAGAUGGCUUUGGGUGAGUUGACACCACCAGGCUGUGACUCUUUGAACUCUCCUCGGACCGCAGGACGAGGAGGUGGGGUUGCCACUGUUUUCCGUAACACUUUUAAAUGCAGACUACUAUCCACACAAAUCUAUUCGAGUUUCGAGGUACAGCUACUAAAGAUUGAUACUCUGGAUUCUUUUUUCUGUGCUUUGGUAUAUAGACCGCCCAAAUGGAAUAAGGAUUUCAUUCAGCAAUUUUCUGAUUUUCUCUCUGGUUUGAUGUCUCGCUGUGAUAAACUUUUGGUCCUUGGGGAUUUUAAUGUCCAUUUAUGCUGCCCAUCAAUGCCAUUGGUUAAUGAAUUUCUUUCUCUUAUUGAGACUUUUAAUUUAACACAACAUGUUUUUGGUUCUACUCAUAUGAAAGGUCACACAUUAGAUCUUGUGUUAUCAUUUGGUAUUUCAGUAUCAAAUCUGGAGGUUUCAGAUGUAGGUAUUUCUGACCAUUAUUCAGUGGUAUUCGAUGCUGUUUGUUCUUAUAUCUAUCCAAUCUCUUCUCAGCCUUUACAUUAUGCUAGGUCCAUCAAUUCUACAACUGCAAACCUUUUUUCAGAAUUUUAUUUAUCUCAUGUUACAGACAAACUUUUGCUUUAGAUUGUGUUGCCCCUCUUAAACUAAAGAAACACAAGGGAAUCUCUCAACCUUGGCUAAAUAAUGUAACACGCACUUUUAGAAAAGAAUGUAGAAAAGCUGAACGCAAGUGGAAGAGAGAUAAACUUCAAAUUUCAUCUGAAAUGUUAAAAAAUUCUUUGGCUAACUAUCAGAAAGUAGUAAAGGAGGAAAAAAUGAAAUUUUUCUCUAAGGUAAUUUCAGAUAAUGCAAACCGGCCAAAAGUACUGUUUAACACAAUUGAUUCCAUUUUAAACCCCCCAAGGAAUGUCAUGAGAGAUGCCACACAAGAAACUUGUGAAGAAUUUUUAUUGUUUUUUACUCAAAAAAUUGAGAAGAUCAGAAGUGAAAUUGUACCUUUACAAUCCUGUUCAUCAAUUAAUCCUGCGCUGUCUAAUAUUUUUUCAAACUUUGAACCGGUUUCCUCAGCGCAGUUAGCAGAUAUUGUCUGUAAAAUGAACGGAGGUAGUUGCAGACUGGAUGUUCUACCUACUCAUCUUUUUAAAGAUGUUUUCUCUACUGUGAGUUCUAGCCUAACAGCUAUAAUUAACAGCUCUUUGAUGAGUGGAGUAGUACCUAAAAGUUUCAAACAUGCAAUUCUUCAUCCCUUGUUAAAAAAACCUAAUUUGGAUCAUACAGUCCAUAACAACUUUAGGCCAAUUUCUAAAUUGCCUUUUAUUUCCAAGAUUUUAGAGAAAGUGGUCUAUUCGCAGCUAUAUUCAUAUCUGAAUACUUAUGAUAUUUUAGAUACAUUCCAGUCGGGCUUUAGGACCUGUCAUAGCACAGAAUCUGCACUGCUCAAGGUCACUAAUGAUAUUUUAUUAUCGUUGGACUCCGGAUCACAUGUUGUUCUGGUUUUAUUGGAUCUGAGUGCUGCCUUCGAUACGAUAGACCAUGAAAUUCUUCUCAAUCGGCUGGAGUGUUGGGUUGGUGUCCAGGGUAUAGCACUACAGUGGUUUGCAUCAUAUUUAAGAGACAGGACAGUUGCUGUGAAUUUGGGAGACUUCUCUUCCACAUUGGCCCCUUUAGUUUGUGGUGUCCCUCAGGGGUCGAUUUUGGGACCGUUGCUGUUUUCUCUUUACAUGCUUCCUCUAAGCGCUAUUUUUCGGAAGUAUAGUAUUUCAUAUCACUGUUAUGCAGACGAUCUCCAGUUUUACCUUCCUGUGAGCUUAGAUAAAACCUGUUCACUGAACAAAGCACAGGAAUGUUACAGUGACAUUAAACUCUGGCUAUCUAGCAACUUUCUCCAAUUAAAUGAGAGUAAAACUGAGGUUUUGAUUGUAGGCUCUCCCGUCUCACCUGCCUUUCCUGAUCAUUUAGGAUCCUUAUCCCUAAAGACUGCGAAUCAUGUAAAGAGUUUAGGGGUUAUUAUGGACUCAUCACUUAACUUUAAGAAACAGAUUGGUGCCGUUGUUAAAGGUAGCUUUUUUAACCUGAGAUCAAUUGCUAAAGUAAAGCAUUUUUUAUCCAGUAAGGAUUUGGAAAUUGUGGUUCACUCCUUUAUCACAUCUAAGCUUGACUAUUGUAAUUCUCUAUAUAUUGGUCUUCCCCAGACUUUGCUUGCCCGCUUGCAGUUAGUGCAGAAUGCAGCAGCAAGGCUGUUAAUGGGGGUGAGAAAGAGAGACCAUAUUACUCCUGUACUACAAUCCUUACAUUGGCUUCCGGUCAAAUUCAGGAUUGAUUUUAAAAUUCUCUUGUUUGUCUACAAGGCGCUGUCAGGCCUUGCACCCCAGUACAUCAGUGAUCUUAUUGUUCCUUACUCUCCUUCUAGAGUCCUUAGGUCUACCGAUCAACGGCUUUUAAAGGUCCCUCGUUGUAGUCUAAAAUCAAAAGGAGAUCGAGCUUUUUCUGUAGUAGGUCCCAAACUCUGGAAUAGUCUCCCAUUCCAUGUGAGGUCAGCUCCAUCGGUAACAACUUUUAAGUCCUAUUUAAAAACGUAUUUGUUUUCUUUAGCUUUUGAAUAAGUAUGUUUAUUUUAUUGUAUGAUUUUAAUUUAUUAAUUUUGUAAAGCACUUUGGGGCAGCGUCUGUUGUUUAAAAAUGUGCUAUAUAAAUAAAGUUGCUUGCUUGCUUGCUUGCUAGUGACUUGAUUGGUUUUGGCCAGCUAUAUUAAUAAACCAUAACCACCCUACCCACUAUACAACCCAACCCCCUCAAAAAUGGAAAACAGAAUGGAUUCAGAAUUUAUUUUUAUUAAAAUUAAACCAAAACACUUAAAGCAUUAAAUAUAUAAAUAAAUAUAUAAAUAAAACUAUAGGAACUGUACAGGGGGAAAAAGUACUUUUAUAAAAUUUAACCAAACACAAGCAAUAUUAUAACAGUUAGAGAAAAUAAAACUAAAUAAAUCUAACCUAAUAAGUAUACAAAGAAUAAUAUAAAAUAGAAGAGAAUAAGUGAAAAUGUGCAGUUUGUGGUGCAGUUAUUAAAAUUGCAAAACCAGUGUGGUUUAGUUAAAGUUGAAGAAAGGAAGGUCCAUCAUGUCCAUUUCCAUCAGCCUUAACACGCUGAUGAUGCAAAAUAGUGUAGCGCAUGUCUGCCUCCAAUCUGCGCUGAGGAUGUGAGAUGGAGACCUCACAAUCAACGCUGGCCUUCCAUCAACAAUGGCAUCCUCCUCGUCAGACAUCAGGUCUACUGUUGCAGUCUGCCAAAGCUCCAUCUCUGCAUCGGUUUGAACAACCUUGGACCUGGAAUCCAGCAACUGCAAAACACACAAUGUGUUAACCACUAAAAACACAGAGAAAUGUAUCAAAAUCAGGGCCGGCCCGCGGUAUAGGCAAAUGCUAAGGGCGCCAGUCAUCCAUAGGGGCGCCAG